AUGCUUAUGCAGGAGUAUUUGUGGCGUAUUCGCAUUGAUGGUGACAGUAUGUCAAUAUCGAUGUUUAAUGAUUUUUGUGAAAAUAUUUUAAAGGUAGUAAAAUAUAGAGUUAUUUCAUUACGCAUCUCAUUCAAUAAUACAAUUGGUGGAUGGUCACUCGUCUCAUCAGCUUUGAAGCAUUAUCAAACAAUGUUACUUCAACGUCUUCAUUUGAUUGAUAUUCAACCAUAUGAAUUCGAUAAAUUGUUAUGUAAUCGUUCAAUAAAAAAAUUACAUACUUUAAUUGUUGAUAUUAAAGAAUCUAAUCCAUUCAAUCAUCAAUUUGUAGAAGGAGCAUAUUUGGCUAAGGUGUGCUCAUCCAUGCCCGUUCUAAAUAUUUGUCGACUUCCCUUUAGUUUUAGUCCGAUAAGUCAUAAAAACUUACCAAUAUCUGAAUCAACACCAUUGAUGUCUUUGCCAAGUGUUUUCAACACAACCUAUCUUCAUACGUUGACCACUGGUGUGAACACAUCACGUUUUUUACAACAGUUACUGCUAUGUAUACCCUGCAUUCGAAAUCUCUCUAUUGGUGUGGCAGACCCAGAGGAAAUUGAAAAUGAUAAUUGUGACAGAUUCUCAAUGCCCGUUACUGUUGAUCCCCGUCUACUAUGUAACCUAGUUCGUCUUAAGGUGAACUGCUUGACCAGCAUGAGUUUUCAUCGAACCAUUGUGCUUUUAUCAUCUGUGUUUGGUCAAUUAAUUCAUUUUUCACUAAAAUUAAAAUUAUAUACAUCCGCUUGUGGACGAUUUGCUAUAUCCGGCGAUAUUAUCCAACAAAAAUGUAUUGAUCGUCUGAAACCUGUGGCGUCGUAUGCUCUUGAUCUAUCAUUUUGUGUCGAGAAUGACUUUGAAGAAAAAAGAAUUUUCAAUUCAUUCGUGAAAGCUGCUUUUUUUUCUCGACGAAGACCGAAAAUAAUUAUUCAGGAACGGAAUAAUUGGAAUAUCGGUCUUGAUUACCAUUGUUUUGCCUUGUUCACUACUCCAUAUCAUGGUACAAAGCUUCAAACAGAGUUUUUUUCUGAAGAUUUGCAAGUAUCGUCUCUAACGCAGUUAAAUCCCAUUGACUUGUUUCCAAAAGCUAAUGAACUGUUCAUUGAAGGUUUUAAUGGCGAAAGUUCUCAUCAUCGUCUCUGUAAUCCUAAUUGCUCUAUAUCAUCACUGGUUCCAUGGUCAUUGCUAACAACAAUUUUCAUCGAUGGGAGUGAUUUUAUUAGUGCAUUUGAAUUAGAAGCAAUAUUAAGAAUGUCUUGUAAUGUAGAUAAGUUACGAAUAAGUGAAGAUAAUGAUAUUUUAUGCUCCGCUAUAUUACAUGACACUGAUAAUCUCGCAACUCGUGUCAAUCAACAAAUAAAGUCGUUAGAUAUGGAUGGUUAUACCGUAACGUUAUCCAAUGUUCGAUACUUUUGCAAACUUAUCUCCAUUCGAUUACCUAACUUGAAAAAGCUUACAUUUUCUAUCCAUGAUUCGUAUGAUGGAUUCGGUUGGCAUUCGGCAAGUACUCGUGACGGUCAAAUUAAAUCUACAAAAAGUAUUGUUAAUUUUAUUCGUUGUCUUACCGAUGAUUUGCAACAACUUGUUUCACUUCGUAUCUUUUUCUUUGAUUGGACUUUUACUAAAACACCAUGUUUUUCAUAUCUAAUUCGACGACAACUACAUGAAUCGACGAUUAAACGACCUUAUCGCUUGCGAUGUGCUUCUGGAGAGAUUCAAUUAUGGCUUUAA